UACACUUUUAAAUACGAUUACUUUGAUCGACGGGCUUUGACUUCCAAGAUGGACACGAUGGACAAGUCAAAAUUUGACGAUGUGAACACCUUUGAGACGAUCUCGGACGACCGUGUAGCAGGUUUCGAGGGUCUGAAUGAGCAAGAGACACGAGCACUUGAGAAGCGGUUGGUCAGAAAGGUUGACAUCCACCUUAUCUCGGCGUUGUUCUUAAUCUUCAUAUUCAACAUCCUGGAUCGCUCGAACAUCGCCAAUGCCAAACUUGGCGGUAUCGCAAAAGACCUCAAACUUACUGGAACGCAAUAUCAAACCGCAGUCUCGAUUAUGUUUGUUGGCUACUUGCUUGGCCAGAUCCCUAGUAAUAUCAUCUUGACACGGGUGAAGCCUUCUCGGUACAUUCCAUGUGCGAUCUUCCUUUGGGGAGGCAUUUCUCUCGCCACAGCAGGCGUCAAAAAUUUCACGGGGCUCAUGGUAAUUCGCAUCCUUCUCGGCCUUGCCGAGUCACCUUUCUUCCCAGGCGCUUUACUUCUCAUCAGCUCUUGGUACAAGCCUAUCGAGAUAGCGCCCCGCGUUGCGGUAGUAUACUGCGGAAAUACAAUCGCAAACGGAUUCGGAGGGAUGCUUGCAGCUGGGAUCCUUGGGGGCCUGCAUAAGGCUAAUGGAUUAGAGGGUUGGCGGUGGUUGUAUAUCAUCGAAGGUGCAGGCACUAUCCUUGCCGGAUUGUUAGCCUUCUUCCUCCUUCCCGACUUUCCCAAUUCCGGACAGCAAAAGUGGCUUACAGAGCAAGAACAAAGAUUUGCUAUUUGGAGGCUGGCUGAGGCUGCAAACCAUGAGGAGGACGAGAAUGGCACGGUAAAACAAGGUCUCAAGGACGCCUUCACCGACCCCAAGACAUGGAUAUUGGUAUUCAUGCAAGUGUGCUUGCUCACAUCUCAAACUUGGACAUACUUCUUCCCGUCGAUUGUUAAGACUCUUGGUUACAACACCAUCAUCACGCUUCUUAUCACGGCCCCAGUCUAUGUCUUCGGCUUUAUCGUCUCCUUGUCGAACGCUUUCGUGGCCAUGCGUACGAGUAGACUAGCAGUCCUCAUAAUGUGGCCUGCUAUGCUCGAUAUUGUGGGAAAUAUCAUGGUUAUAAAGGGCCACACCACCCCGGUUCGAUACACGGGCAUGUUUUUCAUGUGUGCCGGAUCUUUCGCAGCCUUCAACGUCAUUCAAGCAUGGAUCGCGUCGACUAUUCCUCGCACACGUACCAAACGUGCGAUCGUAUAUGCUUUUGUCAACUUGAUGGGCAACACCGCGAACAUCUACGGAGCAUACUUCUUCCCGGACUCGGAUGCCCCGCAGUACGAACAGGGCGGUAUUAUUCUCUCAUCCUUUGCGGCAGCUGAGAUCUGCACGGCAGCUUUCCUUGCUUAUAUCCUGUAUCGCCUCAAUAAGAAGGCGGAAAAGGAAGAAGAGAGUGAUGGCCAGCCAAGGUACAGAUACCUGUGGUAAACUACUGAGUUCAUUGCACUUUCAGAGACCGGAAGCAGUUCGAAUAGUGCGGGGAUGAGAGAUCUAGAUAGUGUGUUGGGAGC